CCACUCUAAGCGAGUCCAUAACUUCCGUAGUUUAAAUUUUCUAGUUCCUAAUACAUUUGUUGAUUCAUACUUGCUUCAACAAAUGAGAAGUGUCGGCAUGCUGGACACCAUUCAAAUAAGAAAAACGGGAUACCCCGUCCGUUACACCUUUACUGAAUUUCUGAAAAGGUACAUCAUAGUUCUCCCCGAAGACAAGCGGAACGAACUGGCUUCCUCUAACUGGGCCCCCCACAAGAAAUGCGAUUAUAUAAUGAAAGAGCUUCAGAUGGGGGAGGGGGAGUAUGCAAUUGGGAAAAGCAAACUUUUUAUCCGAGACAUGCCGGCGGACAGGUUAGAAAACCGCUUUUCCGCCAUUCAAGCUUUCAGGUUGCGUAAAAUUAAAGCCGCCAUACGCCAGCAGCAGAGAGGGAUAUGCGAGGAUGCCCGGCUUGCAGCUAUUGAGCAUAAGAAGGAGGACGAAAAACUCGGGCUCACAGACGAGACGAUCGUCGACCCCCUCCAGACCCCGACCGCCUUGGGCAUCGAGGAAGUUACAAUAGCACCAGUGGCCUCGGCGGACGCACAGAUGGAUGCCUCACAGGUUAAAAAAUUGAGAUUAAAAGAACGAAUGCGGACAAUGCGGAGAAAAGUGGACGCCGACGUCGAAAACCAGACAGCUCAAGAAUCUCGUAGAUUUACAAUGGCCAGCGUGCAGCCAAUCAAAAAACUUUUGGCAGGCCAGCAGGUACAGCUCGUCUAUGAUAGGACGAACCCAGACGCAAGUGCGCCUGUUGAUAUUGCCAGACUUUUUAUUACGGACGAAGGAGAAACAAAAAAGGUUUCUUUCUCAGGAGUGCGUUGCGAGACCGAACUGCAGAAACUUUUCAAGACAAUAUUUCCAACCCACCAGUUUCCCAUGCCCUUCCCCAAAGUUUAUUUGCGAGACCCGACUUCGGGUGUCAGUUAUGAAGUGACAGACUACGGCGAAAUAAGCGAGGGAUGUGAAGUUCGCCUCAACCGUCCGGUUACCAACGUGGCACUCAAAUUGGAAGAGCUCAAUCAAAAACUGGAGCGGGGUUUCGACGUCGUUAAAGACCAUAUGAGACUUUUAUCGACGGGCGAACAGGGUGCGGUGGUUGCGCGGAGCCAGCAAACGCUUUUCUCACCAAGUGGCAGUCCCAAAGGCCGACCAGGUUUAUCGCUAGCCGAGCUCAAGGAACAGAAGUACCAGCUGCAGCAGUUGCGUAGGGAUGUGGCUAUCUGCAAGCAAAUAACAAGGGACGAGCACGAGAGUUACAAGAAAGAACUGGACGAGGAAAUAAAGAAAGUGUUACAAAAUAUGGCUCUUUCCAUGACUCCGCUGCAGGUGAAACGCUUCCAGCUACAAAAAAGCAAAGUCGACAUUCUCCGGGUAGGAAAGGAGGUGGAAAGCGAGGUCAAGGACUUUGAGCUUCUCGUCAAAGACAUCCACUUGGACAUGACCAAAAGAAAGGUCAGACCUUCAGAGGCCGUGCACGACGCAAUCAGUACGCGUUUCUGCGCCUUCGAAGCAAAGUUCAACGCCGCCAACAAAAAAUACGAUCAGACAAUUGACCGUUUUAAGAAACUGUGGGCCCAGGAGGAGGCAGACAUAAAGGCGGAGAAGGAUGUGCUCUCGGUAGACACCAACAACCUCCUUUGCGAUGUUGAGGAAAUAUAUGAUAGGAUCGUCGAUAUGAUCGAGGAGAUUCAAUUCUGCCGCGCUAAGAAAGAGUUUGACGUGCCAAUUAUAAUGGCGGCGAGUGACGUGGAUGAGGCGGUAGAGGGCCUGAUGGACGAGAUCUCGUUUACACGUGUCAACAAUGAGGCAAGGGUGCGAGCAGUUGAGGAAAUGGAGCAGAAGAUGAAGAAGAGGAAGGAGUUUGAGAGAGAAGCAGAUCCGGUCGUGCGCUUCGCUAAAGACCUGAACAUGGGAAAAGUGAAUCUAAAGAAGACGGGAGGCUUCGAAGAGCUGGAGAGGGCGCGAAAGCGGAAGGAGAAGGAACUAGGACUGCUGGGACAAGUACAAUAGUCAAAAGUUUUGAAAUAACUUUGAAGUACAGGGGGGAAAAAACCUUUCAUUAUGCUUUAUUUAUUAAAAUGAAG